AUGCAAUAUGGUGCACAUGGUGAUGGCAAAACUGAUGAUUCACAAGCAUUUAUUAAUGCAUUUAACAGUGCGUGUAAAGCAACUGGGAUGUCAACACUAGUUAUACCGGCAGGAAAAACAUUUAUGGUGUCGAAAGUAAUUUUUAGCGGUCGUUGUAACGCCAAAGUUCGUAUUCAGCUUGAAGGGCAGAUAGUUGCACCCUCUAAGGCAAAUUCGAAAGCACAAUCAUAUUGGUUUACUAUUGAAUAUGUAAAUGGACUCACAAUUGAUGGUAAUGGUCAAGGAGGACUUGAUGGAGACGGUUCUACUUGGUGGGAAAGCGGUGGUGAAAGACCUGGGGUACAGGCCUUGCUUUUUCAUUCUUGCAACGAUCUUAGUGUUAGUAACCUAAGGAUCACCAAUAGCCCGAGUUCUCAUGUAUCCAUUAAUAUGUGCAAUCGUACAACAUUCUCUCAUGUAUCCAUCAAUUCACCUGCUACUAGUCCCAACACUGAUGGGUUUGACAUUUCUUUUUCCACUGAUAUUCGUAUAGAAAAUUCCAACAUAAAAUCUGGUGAUGAUUGCAUUGCUGUUAAUGGUGGCUCUAAUUUUAUCAAUGUUACCGGGGUUACCUGUGGACCCGGUCAUGGGAUAAGUGUUGGCAGCCUUGGUAAAAAAAGAACUAAUGAUCAAGUUUCCGAUGUUCAUGUGAGAAAUUGCACAUUCAAGGAGACUCAAAAUGGAGCACGAAUCAAGACAGUUCCGGGUGGAUCAGGUUAUGCAAGACAUAUUACAUAUGACCAAAUUAUCCUUGUUAAUGUUAAGAACUCCAUAAUUAUAGAUCAAUAUUACAAUGAUAUUAUUCCUCAGGCUGGAGAUGUGUCGGUGAGUGAUGUGACAUAUCGAGGAUUUACUGGAACUUCAGCUAACGACUUAGCUAUUCAGUUAAAUUGUGGCUCAUCUGGUUGA